UGUUGAACUAAGCAAUCUGCGUAACAAAGCCGUCUUCUUCUUCUCGAUGGCCAACGGUCUUCUCAUCAUACUGCUGCUCUUACUGCAGAUUAACGAUCUCGAUAUUAUUUGGCCGUUCGGAACGAACUCCAGUGGCGAGCCGAUCCUCUUGGAACCUAUCGGGUUCUUCUUCCUCGGCUUCUACGUGCUAAUCUUACUAGUGCAGCUAGUUGCCAUGUUUUUACACAGAUGGACAACAAUGAGUCACAUCGUAGCCCUUACGGACAUGUGGUGGGAAACACCAAAGAAUAAACAGCGUAACAUGAACGGUGUAGAGCUUGUCAAGGAACUGCAAACUAUCCCAGGCGCGGACGAAGACGACGCGAAUGCAGGAUUACGGCCAGAUGACGAGAUUCCCGUGGAUGAGAAUGGACGAAGACUGACCAUCGUUAAUAUGGCAAACCGCCCGAAACAAAGGCGGCAAACGAUAGUUAACUACGAGGAAGCAUUGGUAAAGCGACUACAGAUGAUCAAAACGGGCGAGCUUGACUUAACGGGGCCCAAAGAGAAUAAGAUUUUCCGUCGCAUGACCAUGAAACCUGAGGCUUUCGCCGAGUUCAAAAGACGCGUGAGUACCUUGCAGAUUUCGUCUAACGAAACAACGAAGGGGAUCAUGAGACGGUUCAGCGACGAGAAGACUAACCCCAACCCAUACUACGCGGAGAUGCGACGCAAAAGCAGCGCGAUCGCGUUCAAACAGCGCGAAGAGACCGACGACGACGACGACGACGACGACGACGACGACGACGACGACGACGACGACGACGACGACGACGACGAUGACGACUAUGACGGCGACGACGGCACUAACGUUCUCGCCAACAAUACGAGACGUCGUAGCGACGUGGCAAGAAAGAGGAGCACAGCGUACGGAAAUGCCGCCUUCGCUGCUGUAGACGAAACAGAUGAAAGUGCGGUACUAACGAAACAUGCUGGCGAGGAGGGAUUGGGUUCCGAGACGGUGCAGCAGAACCAGCAACUACACCUCGUUGCCGACGUUCACCAUGACGUGUCGUCGCCAUCUAUAUCAGCUGAUCGCGCUGGUCGAAGAAAAAAAAGCGUACGAUUUGAAAAGAGAUUUUCAGAUGUGCGGCGAAGAAGUAGUUUCACCUAGAAGUGAAUUGGUAAUUCCUGUGGAUAUACUUCAUGUAUGUGCGUCGCCGGUACGAUGAAUGAUAGUUGAAAAUAUAACGCCCCUGUCUUGCCGUAAUACACAGCAUAUAGAUAUAAGUGGCACUAAAAUCGUGAUCAUUAUUCGAGUCACCAAGAUCUCGAAGUAAACACGAAAAUAAUGUGUCCUCGACUUGCGUUUCAUACUUUCCAUCAGGCACAAUUGUUUCCCCGCUUUUUUCUCUAGAUGCAUUUAUCGCCGGCACAAUUAGUUUAUGUUGGAUAUGAGUCAAACGUAUAUCUUAUAUAACAUCAGCAGCUUAAAAACAAAAUUAUCCCGGAGAAUCAAAAAUCAUUCAUUCUUACAUCUAUAUGAUUUAGUUUGUAUAAACGUGACCAAAAUACAUACAUCUAUAUAUAUCUACUAGAUAUAUUGUGUUGAUUUAUCGGUAAAAUUUCAGAUAAAGCCUGAAUUUACGAUUGCGUUGCAUGUUUGCUGAUAUAGAAAGGCGUGAUGCCAUGACACAUUUAUAGCCACGUAAUACAUAGUCAUAUAAUUACGUUGUAUUAGGUGCUAUUAUUAGACAUGGUUGAGUUUAACUCUAAGAAUGAGGUGCUCCAUGUCCGGGCAUGCUGACAUUAUGUUCCGCUGCAGUUAGUUGCUUAUUGGUAUCAAUAGCUUCUGCUUUCUUUCUUUCUUUCUUUGUCUUUUACUUCUUCUUUUUCAACUUUAUCCGGUUCUCAUUAAUACAUUGUCUAGUGUCUGAUUAGACCCGUAACGAUUAUUUUAUUUUAUCUUUUCCUGCAUAUGUAAAUGAAAAAAAGCAUACGCAGAAGCGAAAAGAUUUUGAUGAUGAACGUUGCAACCACGAUUUGACCUGGCUGUUAACGUAAACCACCAUUUUACCGCUUGAUAUGAAGUUGCGUACAGUUUUACGUCUGUUUGUUAAAUUGUAGAUAUAUAUAUAUAUAUAUAUAUCAAUGGGAACUUUUAAUGGGGUCGUUUUGUAAUAUACCUAUAAACGGAGAGUGCACAUAUAGUGUAUUCGUAGUAAAUCUGUAAAAGUGAACACAAAUAAACUCUAUUAAUAAUAUCUCAAUAAUAAAUGUAAGACAGUAGCUCAUUAUGUUGUAACAUUGAUUAAGUAGUCUAGAACAUAUCUAUUUUUAUCCUUAUAAAUGAACAUGUAAAACAUGUAAUAUAUUCAUUUGUAUUCAUUUAAUCCAAGCACUUAAUGAAUUCGUUGGAACAAAAUAAAUAGACGUUUAGGUUAGUGAUGGAGUCAAUUAGGCAUGUGAUUGUGCGAUACAUUAUUUCUGCAUAAAUAUCAUUCUGUGUAUAGUGAAACAACUCUAUGUUAGUAUAAUACAGUAAUAUAUAACAAACUAUUCAGUUAUUAGAGCUGUUUCCAUAUAUCUUAAUAAA